ACCGGCAGCAGGACUACAGAAUGGUACCCCUAAAUGGAGAGAGAUUGCAGGGCUGAUCAGAGAGGGCGAGAAACAAGGAAGGCUUCUGAAGGAGGGCAUCCUCCGAUUCUUCCCCCACCUGAAUCCCUGUUGCUAUGGAGACCACCAAUGGGACUGAGACCUGGUAUGAGAGCCUGCACGCUGUGCUGAAGGCUCUAAAUGCCACUCUUCACAGCAACUUGCUCUGCCGGCCAGGGUCAGACAACCUGACUGAGGAGAGGCGGGCCAGCCUACCUGGCCGCGAUGACAACUCCUACAUGUACAUUCUCUUUGUCAUGUUCCUAUUUGCUGCCACUGUGGGCAGCCUCAUCCUGGGAUACACCCGCUCCCGCAAAGUGGAUAAGCGCAGUGACCCCUGUCAUGUAUACAUCAAGAACCGUGUGUCUGUGCUCUAAUGCUAAGAGGCCAGGGAUGGCAGAAGAUCAAGACUCCUGAGGAUUAUCUUGUGGGGCCUCCAGAACUCAGCUAUGUGUUACAUCAGGCCUCAGUGUUCUAAUCUGUAAGAUCAACAAGAAACAGUACUAAGGGGAGUCAUCAUUGGGGAAGGAGGAGAGGAUCUAGCAGACCUAGGCCUUGUGGAUAAGGAUUUUUUCCAGCAAAGAUAGACUUUAUAGACAGUAGGAGCCCUUUGAACAAAUAUAUAAAAGUGGCAGGAGUUCCCUGGUGGUGCAGUGGUUAGGACUCCAUGUUCUCACUGCCAAGGACCUGGGUUCAAUCCCUGGUCGGAGAACUGAAAUCCCACAAGCCGUUCAGUGUGGCCAAAAAAAAAAAAA